UUAUUUUUCGCUGUAUAAUUUUUGAAGGAGUGAAUGAAUUUUAUUCAUCACGUUUUUCAGUUGAUUUUACGAAGUUUCUUAUGGGGAGCGAAAUCUUAUUUGUGAUUGGAGAUUCAGGAAAAUGAAGAGAAAACUCUGAAAACCGGUUUCCAAUGGCGGGUAAUUGCCAGCCAAUCAGAGAAGAGUCCUACCUGGAAGGUUUUCAGAGAUUCGGAGAAACCUAUCAUUCGUGUCGUGAAUAUUGAGCUGGUGUUGUGUGUGAUCCUCGAGUGUUGACAAUCUAAAUUCAAACUGCUCACUUUUCUCACGUGUUCAUUACGUUCUGAGUGAUCUAUAUUCAUUUUCAAAAUUGUUUUUUUUUGAGAGGAUACAAUGGAACAGGAUUUAAAACCAAAGAUUGAUCAGGCCUGCAGAGUAGCCGAGGAAUUCACGAAAUUGUAUUACGAGAGUUUGGAUAAAAGACGAUUUAUGAUAUCGCGGUUGUACCUGGACACUGCAAGUUUAAUCUGGAAUGGCAAUGGAACCGAAGGAAAGGACGCGAUUCAAAAGUUCUGGCUCGAUCUACCUGCAACAGACCACACCAUCACCACCCUCGAUGCUCAACCCAUCACUGGCCCAGCAGUUUCGGAUCAACUAACAUUUUUAGUUAAAGUUAGUGGCCAAGUAAAGUAUCAAGAGAAGACACCUAGAGCAUUCACCCAGAACUUCCUCAUAACCGCUGUUGGCGACAAGUGGAAAAUAGUCAGUGACUGUUUCAGGAUGCAAGAGGCGACAGAAAGCACCUGAUAACCUUCAAACCCCCAAAUUAGGAUAAUUAAUUAAUUAAUAAAUUUAAAAAAAUAAUAAAGACAUCUCUUUUGACAUAUACUUUUUAUUCUCAAUCCUAUAUCAAUGUAUAAAGCAAUAAAUUUUGUAUGAGCGAAUCA